AGCACAAUACUUUUGCAGUAUUUUCCAGCUUCACUUUACUACAUUGUCAUAUUGUUUUCAGUAUGCGCCUUCGGUUCUGCAAAAACUGGAUCAGUAAUAUCAACGGAUGAUACAAAUGCCAAUUCGGGUACUGCAAUUAAAAUAUCCAUACCAUUAUCAACUCAAGUUCCUUUAUCUGAUACGUUUCCCUCUGUAAGUACAAAAUCUGUUGGCACACCGUCAGAAACAUCAGACGCCCCCGUAACUACUUCACCUCUGUCCGGACUGUCUGAGGAAAUGGUCAUCAUAAUCAGUACUGUGUUUGCAGUUGGGGGAACCUUGCUGGUAGUGAUUAUUGUUGUUGUUUUCUUCUGUCUCAAACAAAGGACUGCGGCUGCAAAGGGAGAGGAAUCAAAGACUAGGGCUGGCAAAUUACAUACUAUAAAUGAGAAAAAUAAAGAUCUGAAUUCAAACUAUAAGCAGUCACAAAAAUUUAAACACUCUACUCAUUCAGGAAGGAAAAUAAAUGAAGGUACCGGCUUAAAUCAGAAACAUCCACAUAAUGAUAUUUGGUAUGGAGGUAGGAUGCCCACUGGAGUUGAAUUUUCAAGAUCCAAGAAGUAUCAUCAACAGAACUACUUUUCUAGAAAUCAGCACCAUUAUAGAAACCAAAAUAGUGCAUAUUGCCUUCCCUACACAGAUCCAAGGAAUGUGAUGUACUAUCAGAGAUACCCAGGAAGUGAAUACAGUGAGGAUAUGUCGGGAUACAGUAGAGAAGGUCCAUACAGGAUGCAGCAGUUUUACCCACAGUCAUACCCCAGACAGGAUAGAUACACUGAAGAUGGACUGGAAAGAAGGAUAGGGCAUAGAAGAGGAGAUUAUGGGGGCUACUGGGAUAAUGAUACUCUGUACUAAAGAGGCACGGCGUUUGAG